AUGUCAAAGACUAUUACUAUAGCGCUAUGCCCCGUCUCUUGCCCCAUAUGUAUCCGUCUUGGCUUACUACCUGUCCAUCCUAACUUGUUUAACUUUCCGAAAGAGCGGCCUAAAGCUCAAGGGGUUCAGUUUCCUUCGAUCUUAGGAAAGGCGGGGGUUGAGCUACAUGUCAAGAGCGGGGGAAAGAGAAGAUCCUUCAGUUUUGGCUUGAGCGGGAGCGGAUUCCACCGAUCUUUUGCGGCCGGAACUAUUUUUACUAUUACUUACUUGUUUUCUUAUUCUUCAACUGGACAUCGCAUUUUAGACGCGAGCUAUAUGCUUAACACACCCCAAUCGGGGAUGUCAAACGAGGAAGCAGAGCAGCCAAAGGCUAGUCACUUUAUUAAGGGCAGGGGAGUCGGUAUGCCUCACUUACUACUACUCAGGGGAUUCAGAAGCAGGAGCUACAGCUACAUUAGCUACAAGAUUGGACAGUUAGCUGUAUAUAUUGGAAGGGGGCCAUGUCUCCCGAACAUGAAUGAUCAGUACAUAUGGCGUGAGGCGCUUGCACAUAUCGAGGGCGGAAGGAAGGGAUCGGGUGUUUUCACGCCUCGCAGUAGUGCCCGGCUUUUAAACGUCUAUCUAACUUCUCAGCAAAGGAAGCGGAAUACCUCGGACUUAAUACUUGGAGGAGGGGAUCUAGUUCAAGGGCGUAAAAGUCCCUUUCAAGAGAAUGAUUACGGUUAUGUGAUCUGGUUUGGUUGCAAUGCAUUUCCGAUGUCGAUGUCGAGAGAUCUGCCUAUCGGGUGUACUUUCCCUCAGUGUAUGAAUGGAAGUUUGCGAGGUUGCGAUGCAACACUGAAAGAAAGUCAAAUCAUGCACGCAAUAUGCGAAACACAUGCGAUUCGCAUUGACCAGGCGGUCAAAAACAGAAAGAUGGAGAUGGAAAGAGAAAGUCUGAGGUUAGAGGCGAAAGAUGCUAUGAGAGUUUGGUUUUCUAAGGAGUUGCCCUACCGACGAACUCUUCUGAAGUACUUAUCUUCCCCCUCGGCCUCCAUUAUAAGUCGAUUCUUUUCAUGGGCGUCUUUGCUUUGUGCUAUAAGUCAACACAAUGCGUUGAUAUCGCUCAACAUAAAAGCUGCUUAUCAAAUGGGUGAAGAUGGAAGAGAUUGGAAAUCGAAUAAAAAAAGCGAGACCUCAUCCGAGGAGGUACAGAAAGAAGAAAAGGAGAGAUUGACCAGCAGUAAAAGAGGAUCAAGAGACUGUACUCGCCCUUCAUCCCUCAACCAUUCAACAGAAGCAAUAGCAAAGAAAGCAGCAAGAGUGGAGAGAACAAGCUCAGCUUCGGCAACAGAAAGUCGAGAAAGCAAUUCAGUUUGUGAUACAGUGAAAGUCAAGGAGGAACCGGCCACUUCUUUAUAUACGUCAGUGGCUAAAGUGCUCCUUAGUGAGGGUUAUGUUAAUGUUAAAGACAGGUAUUUUCCUUACUAUAUGUUAGCGCCUAUAAAUCAAGACGCUUCUUCCAGUGCUUACCAAAUAAUGAGUUACUUUUUGCUUAACGAAGAAAUGGCUAUGAGAACCAACCUUCUACCCAGCCCUGAUGGAAGGAUACAAGAUCUGUACGCCUGCAUGCUUGAAGAUAUUAAGCCAUAUCUAAAUGCUAUCAAUUCCGGAUUGGUAUCUGAACCCGGGGACCUAAGCUUUGCUAAAGCCGUGAAAAGGAGUGGACGGUUGUAUUUUGUUGGUCUAAUUGGACUGGUUCGCCUAAUCGAAGAGCCCCUUACCUUACUUCUUCACCUUAAAGCGGUCGACCCCAUAUCCAAUUCGCCGGGACACGCCAAAAAGGAGAAGUCAAUAGAAAGCAAUCUUGCGCGCUCUCUUUCUUUCCCUCUCAUACGUUUUGUAGGACGCCCUUUCUGCCCCGGUAGCGAGGAGUUGACUUCCGGAAUCAGUAGACGGGAUGAGGAGAUCAGAUGCAGAAAGGAGAGUCAAACGGAGCCGAGUACUGAUCAAGAGAGCUACUAUCCACAAGCAGCUGGGAAGAGACCAAAACUGGAACUGCUCAAGAUGCGUUCCAAACAACCUGAGCGGAUCGUGUCGACCAACAACAGCCUCUCGUGUAGAAAAACUAGACUCGUGGGGUUGGUCUCGCUUCAACAAUCUCCCCGGGCUUUCUUCACUUUUUAUAUUGCUUGGGAUUGA